AUGGCUCGAAUGAGCAAACCUUCCUGCUUAAUCACCACCCCCUCUUCCCUGGGACUGCACUUUCCUAACCCUACAGAGAAGACGGGCGCUAUCCCCGCCGCUGCCAGAUCCACUAUGUCGGCACCACCGGAACUUCCAUCCAUGAGCAAUGAUGUGCUGUUGAUAUUCUUCUUUACAGAGCCCAACGAUGAGUGGAUUUCGCGGGUCAAGGCGAAGCACCCGGGUCUAGAUAUCCGAUGGGUCAACGUUUUGAACCCGGAUCAUACUUUCAAGAAGCCCGAGUCGCUAGGCGACGAGGUCUGGAAAGGCGUCACGUUGCUGUGUCCCUUUAUCCAACCGCCUCCCGCCGAGUUGCUCUCUACUGUACGAUUCGUGCAACUCCCAUCUGCGGGUGUCGAUCGAUGGCCGGGACAUCCAACGUACGAGAAUGAGAAAGUCGUGUUCUGUAGUGGAAAUGGGGCACAUGCACCACAAAUUGCAGAAUGGGUGAUCGCAUCAUGGCUUUCGCACCAGCAUCACUUUACGCGCUACACAGAGCAGAUGAAGACUGGUCAAUGGGAGCCGCCCACUCGGUCCACUGUGCAAGACUCCACCGCUGCUCGGAUGGGUGUGCUUGGCUACGGUGCCAUUGGAAGGCAAUGUGCCCGCGUUGCCCAUGCCAUGGGUAUGGAGGUCUACGCCUAUACACGGAGUGAAAAGGCAACGCCCGAGAAACGACAGGACGACUCAUACUGUGUUCCCGGAACUGGCGAUCCUGAUGGUUUGGUUCCGUCUAAGUGGUUCCACGGUGCUAGCAAGGACGCCAUCAACAACUUCCUGGCGCAAGAUCUUGACAUCGUGGUCUUGAGUCUUCCGCUGACCAAAGAGACGAAAGGCCUUCUCUCACAUGAACAAUUCGAGAUCCUAAGCAAGAAGAAAACUUUCGUUUGCAACAUCGCUCGUGGAGGGCAUUUAGACCAGACGGCCUUGAUUCAGGCCUUGGAGUCCGGCAAGAUCCGAGGUGCGGCUCUAGAUGUGACAGAUCCGGAGCCACUUCCUUCUGACCAUGCGCUUUGGAAAGCUCCAAACUUGCUGAUAACUCCACACGUGAGCUGGCAGACGCAGUCUUUGAUGCCACGGAUCCUGGAUAUCCUCGAACUGAAUUUGGAUAGGUUGGGUGCAGGGCAGCCACUUAUUAAUGUGGUGAACCGGCAGUUACACUAUUAG